CUUGUCCCCCACUGAGCAGUGGGCCUCAACAUACAGCCUCACGACUUUGGAACUCUCUGGAGCUUCCAGUGUGCACAGUCUAGUCCUCUUUGUCAGAAGUGCUGACAUCAGUGGUCUUCGUUUUGAAGGUGGGCGAUUCCCCCUGGGCACUGCAUGGAGGAAUAUCCCCAACUCUGACCUUCCUGGGCAAUGAUGCAGAUAUCUGCAGGCACCUCCAGAGUCUGGCACGUCAGUCCGCUGGCCAGAUUUGGAGCUUUUGUCUAUACAACAGCAGCUGAUGGGUCAACUUAUGCCGUCCCAGCUGGAUACCACCUUGCCCCACUGACCGUAUGUGACCAAGCCAAUGCUACAGCAGGAGAUGGGAGGGACAAUGACUGUGAUGGUCUCUUUGAUGAAGAGCUGCCCAAUGGCAUUGAUGAUGACAUGGAUGGGACCAUUGAUGAGGCCGACAUGGCACUUAAUCCUUGUGAUAGAAACCCUUGCAGUAAUGGUGUCUGUGAGCAGACCAGGGGAGGUUACCAGUGCCGAUGUGAUGCAGGGUUCUCAGGCUUCUCCUGUGAUAUCAGCCUUGGUGGGCUGGAUGGUCCAACCUGGCUACCCAGUGCCCCAGGUUGGAUUGCAGAGGAAGAUGUGGCUUGGGAGGCUCCAGCAAACCUUACUCUGGAUGGUGACAACACCACCUGCUGGGGUCCUGGCAAUGGGACCUGGUAUCUGACUUUCAACCUGGGCAGUCCUCAUACUAUCUUCCAGGUUCGUUUCACUGAUAACAUGCCAUCAGACUACGUCCCCAAAUCUGUCACACUACAAGCUAACAGUGGCCGAGGUGGCAACUGGACAGAAGUCAAGACAUUUGCAAUACCGGAAAUGCUGAACGGCCCCAUAACUUUUGGCGGUUUCUCUGCAACUGGCAAUCUCUGGAGACUGCAAGUUUCUGAAACUCAUUCUGGACUUUAUAACCCACAAGUGUGUGAGCUGCAGUUUUUUGGACAAGAAGUGGUCACCACGAGCUAUGCAUUGCUACCACUUCAGCAGAAUUACACAGAGAACCUAGUCAACACACAGGGAACGACAGCACUGGCUGUUGCUGUGGAAAGUAAUGUGCUCAACUACUACAGCACAAGAAGAGAUUUUCAGGGCCUGUACGGUCUUCAAGUUACAAACAUCAAGCCUUUGGGUGCCUACGUGGCAGCAGAGGUGUCAUUCAUGUCCUCUGCCAGUCAAGUUAUGUACCAGGAGAUGGCUCUUCAAGAUGCUGUUGCCAUGGGAACUGUCAACAACAUAGCUGUCAUUAAUGACACUGGGAUAACACUAACACCAAGAGUUCCUUCGUGCACUGCCCAAACAGACCUCGUUUUUGGCAUCGAUGGCACUGUGUCCACCAACACAUUUAGUGCCAUUGUGGCCUUCAUCAGGAGAGUUGUGCAUACUUUCACCAUUGGUGCUGAUGCAACCCAAGUAUCUGUAAUACAGGGAGGCAGUCCAUCACGGAUAGAUUUCCCUCUGAACCAGUACCAAAGCCUGCCAGGGCUGAUACAGGGUCUUGAUGCUAUACAACAGACAGAUACGCCAGGGGAGGGCAAGACAUUUAGUAACCUUGGAGCUUUCGGGCAGAUGAAUGGAGGAAGGACUGGAGUGAACAGGCUGUUAGUUCUUCUCACUGAUGGUGUGACAGGUGCAGAAGACUUCCAACAGGCAGCUGAAAAUGAUGUUGUGGUAUUCACUGUUGCCAUUGGUGAAGAUGCUGAGCUGGCCAGCCUAGAGGCAUUUAGUCCAUCCAGUAACCAUGUGUUCCGUGUGCGUGACUCAUAUGGGCUGGUAGAUCUGGGCAACAGGCUGCCAAAGAAGCUGUGUGAAGUUGGUGUGACCAGCUACAUGACUGUGACCUUGGAUGUGAAUUACACCAUGGAGUUCCUAACUGCAGCCUCCCCAGGAUUCACUGCUCUCAACCUUGCUGUUAAAACUACCUUUUUGAGAGGCCUGCAAGGAGUGUUUGGAUUCCAAGCUGUGCAAGUCUUCAACCUCAUGCCCGGACCCUGGUAUAGCACACGUGCUAAUAUCCGGGUUAUUGCGGGUGCCUAUGCCUUGGACGCCAUUCAGCAGAGGGUCUUCAACAUCACAGCAGCUGGGCAGUUUGGCUCCUACAGCUUUGACGUGGCAACCAUCACAUAUGACCAGAUUGUAAACCAGCUCCUGUAUGGCUACAUUGAAGUCCGCACAGUGUUUAUGCAGAGCUACAGAGACCAGUUGUCAGCAUCGUACAGAAUACUAGCCAGCAGUGUAAAACUGAAUGUUCUUCGAAUCUUCAGUAGUCUCUACGGGGUUCGAUCAAUGGCAGUUACAAAUAUCAAGCCAGGCACCACGGCUACUACAACCUGGAUUGACUUCCAAAUAAACUGUGCCCAAACUGCUGUACCCAACAUUGUCACCACCUACUUGGAUGUUACUGACUCGAAUCAGAUGGUUGGAACCCUGGAUAUCCUCCCUGGGUCUGGCUAUUUAUCCAUUGAAGCACCCCGAUGUGGAGUGGAGCUGGACCUGGUGCUUGUACUUGACGACUCAGGCAGUGUAGGGGCUGGGAACUUCAAUAAGUUAAAGGAAUUUGUCAAGAGACUUGUUGCCCAAUUCGAGUUUGCACAAGAUGCAACAAGGAUUGGCAUAAUCCAGUAUUCCACUGAUGUAAAAGCAGUCUUCAGUCUGAACUCUUAUGACACAUUGGAGGACAUCAACACAGCAAUUGAUGGCAUGAAGUACAAGGGUGGAGGUACCAACACUCACCUGGCUCUCUAUGACCUGGUCAACAAUGCAUUCAGCUACCAGAACGGUGCUAGGCCUACAGCCAGCAAGGUUGCAGUCAUCAUCACAGAUGGGAUGUCCACCCAGCCCAUCACCAGGGCCGCACAGGAAGUCAAGACUGCUGGGAUUGUCAUGUAUGCCAUGGGUGUCGGUAGUGGAACUGACCAAUCAGAGCUGCAAGAAAUCGCAAGUUCCUCGGACAGAGUUUUCAGUGCAUCAAAUUAUGACUCCCUCCUCACUCUGACAGGAGGGCUGGCAAAUAGGUUCUGUGAUGAUGGCAGCAGUGUGACAAGCGUGGCCACAGUAGAUCUGAGUGAUGACUUCAGUGUUGACUUGUUGAACGUGACAUCAGACACUUUCAUCACUCUUCGAGCAACAGUUCUUGAACAGCUGAAUUUUGUGCUUGGAAACUUUUCCAACCUCAUCCUUACAAACAUCAACUUCCAGCCAAGCAUAAGCGGCAAAGUCAGGGUGGUCUUUACCUUGAACUCUCUGGGAUACAUUGUCAACGAGCUGCAAAUCAUCAUCAACCAAGUGGCCUCAACUGGGACCUUUGGCAACUUGGCAGUCACAGGUGCUACCUUCGAUGCUCAAGGUCCUGCAGUUCUCUAUGGCAUUGUGGAGGUGAAUAGAACAUUUACAUCAGAGAUCAGAAGCAUUUCCAGCUAUGAGGCUGCUGCACUUAGUAUCUCUUUUACAUACCAGUUGCUGCAAAGCUUUACUACCAGUGUCAACUUUGCUAGGGUCACCUACAUCUCUCCUGGGUAUGCAGCGACGACAACCCUUGUGUCCUUUGUUACUUCAGUGAGUGCUAAUGUCUCGGAUGACAUCCUCACCAACUUCAACGCCUCUGUGGCUGGGACCCCAAUGUUCCUUCAAGGAACACUCAGUCCAGAAUUGCCUAUGUGUCCUGCAAAGAUGGAUGUAGUUUUUGUACUGGAUGGCUCUGGCAGUGUUGGCCAUGACAACUUCCAACGGAUGAAGUCCUUUGUCAAGAGAGUUGCUGGGAGCUUUGCCAUCGGACCAUCAUCAGCCCAGAUCAGUUUGUUCCAGUACAGCAACUUUGUCAUGCAAGAAUUUGCCCUGGACACCUACGAAUCCAUCGGUGAGAUCAACCAGGCUGUUGAUGCUGUCAUGUACCAAGGCGGGGGAACAGCCACAGGACUGGCGCUGUACGAAAUGAGACAGUACGGCUUCUCCUUUGCCAACGGUGGCCGCCCUGGGACACGACGGGUCGCCAUUCUCUUGACAGAUGGCAUGUCAUCUGACACUGUUGACAAACAUGCAAUGGCAGCCUGGCAGGCUGGUAUCAGCUUGUAUGUUGUCGGGAUUGGAUCAAGUGUGGACAUGAAUGAGCUGCUGGCAAUUGGAGGCACUCCGGACAAUGUCUUUAGCCUGGGCAACUUUGGACAGCUACAAGAUCUUGGCAGCCGCCUGCCAAACCGCCUGUGUGAAGUUGGACGGAGUAUGAAUCUAAUCCUGUCUCUAGAUGUUACAUCUGUGCCCUGCUCAUCCAUGUUACGACAGCAGUUUAUGUGUCUUCAGACAGCGCUCAACCAGGCUGGACUUUCCUACCAGAAUGGGAUUCUUUCAGUGGCACCAGUCAAUCUUAUACGACCCCUGGAAUACAGCUACGUUUUCCGGCUGGUUUUCUUCCAAUAUGCUCGAGCUGGCAUCGCAAGUAUCGUAAAUCCGGCCACAACUCAGCUUGGAAACCUGAUGGUUGCUUCAGUGAAUGUCAUAGAUGAUGACUCCCUGCCACUCUUUGUGAUGGUGGAGGUGAAUUACACUUUCAUCCCUGAACUGAAUCAGCCAAACUCUGCAGUGUUUGCCUAUUGGACAAACGUUUUUGAAUCAAAGUUGACUGGGAUAGAAAAUAUCACUGGAAUACUGUCCGUCAUUCCAACAGCUUUCAGACCAGGGAAUACGGCCACAAGUCUCAUUGCAGAUGUGACGUUAAUUGUGCGACAAACAGCAAGCAUUUUUGUCCAGUCUGCACUGGUGGCAGGAUUCAGGUCUGGGGACAUUGAAGGUCAUCCUGUCAUUGGUGGGACGGUAUCCACCACAGCUCUCGCCUGCCCUGUCAAGCUGGACCUGGUGUUUAUCCUGGACAGUAGUGAUAGUGUCAGCGUGCAAGAUUUUGAAAUGAUGAGACAGUUCCUCAAGAAAACCGUGGGAGACUUCAACAUCGGAUAUGAUGCAACACAAAUCGGACUGGUACAGUACUCAGACGAGGCUGAAACCAUAUUUGCCUUAGAUUCCUUUAGUUCUCCAACCUCCCUGAGGGAUGCCAUCGAAACCAUUCAGUACACUGGAGGAGCUACCAACACCGGCAAUGCUUUGGACUACAUGGUACAGUAUAUGUUUGCUAGCAGGAAUGGGGCGCGACAGGAUUCGACCAAAAUAGCCAUUGUACUGACGGGUGGGGCUUCAUCUGAUGACAUCAAAGCAGCAGCACAAAGGAUGCGGAAAUCAAGCGUGAUCACCUAUGCCAUUGGGAUCGGCAGUGAACUUGAUUAUGAUCAGCUAGAUUACAUUGCAGGAGCACCAACAAGUCUGACUAUACUGCAGGCAUCUACUGGUCUUGUACAGCUACGUAACACCCUCUCAAGAAAGUUAUGUCAAGUCAGUUCCAGUUUGCCAUACAUUGUGAACAUCCCUGUCGAGACGUACAACUUUUCCAUUGACUACCUGGAUGCCAACACUUCUGCAUCCCUGCAGUUGUACACUCAGUUGAAUGAGGCUGUCAACUUGAGCUUCACGGGUGUGUCAGGAUUCAUUGUGCAGCUUAUGUCCUUUGCACCUGGGCCUUACAAUUCUGUCUCAGCUAUAUGCCAGAUGUACAUCUCCCCUUAUGCGGUCACUGAUGUCACCACCAGAUUCCAAAGUUUUAACACACUGGGAGGUCCUAUACAGAUCAACACGGCCCAAAUAAGGGUGAUAAGAGAGCGAAUCAGACCUCUCUACUUGCAGCUACAGCUCGUUUACAAUUUCACCCGAGAUCUUCAACUCAUUGGAUCAGCAGCCUUUGUAGAUUUGUCAUUGCAGCUUGAAAACGUGUUCUACCUUCUGUUUGCUGGAGACCAGGAUUCAAUUGCUUCGGUCUCUGUUGGCCAAAUAGGACCAGGGCUUACCGAAACCACCAUCACAGUGGGUGUGGAGUUCCAAGCAUUCAGUGCUGCAAUACCGUCCGUUAUUAACGUCAUUGAUAAUGCCACAGCAACUGGAGUACUGGGUCAAUUUGAAGUAACUGAUUAUAUCAUCCAAGAGACGGCUCCAACUUGCCAAGUACAGCUGGACCUUGUUUUCGUGUUGGUCGGUGGAAAGAGCGUGGGAGAGGAAAAUUUUGAAAAGCAGAAAGGAUUCGUCAAAAAGGUUAUCAGUGAUUUUGACAUUGGCCCCCAAAGUACCCAAAUCAGUAUCAUACAAUAUGCGGAGGAUGCACAGUUGGAGAUUGCUCUUGAUACCUACUCCGAUUCUGAGUCCAUACAACGGGAUAUAGAUACAAUCAGGUAUGUUGGAGGAUACGGGUUGACAAUGGCAGGAAAAGCCAUCGACUAUGCUGCAAGAUACGGAUUCUCACCAAGAAAUGGAGCCCGUGCUGGGGCUACCAGAGUGGCUGUACUCUUCACGUAUGGUACUCCACAUGAUGAUGUUGCUGGUCCUGCUCUCAACAUGCGGAAAGGGAAUGUCUUUAUUUACGGCGUUGCCAUCAACAGUAACUUUGAUUCUGACCGGCUAGUCAGCAUAGCUGGGACGUCAAGAAACCUGAGACGGCUGGCAGACUUCAAUGGUCUUAACGAGCUGAGAAAUACAUUGCCAACUGAGGUCUGCGGUGAGACCACAACCAUCUUUCUCAGGCUAAGCCUGAAUAUCACAUACACGGUGGAGUAUCAGACUCUUGGAUCUGCUUACAACAUCUUGGUAUCCGAGAUCGAAUACAAGCUACUCAACGAGUUCUCCACAAGAACUAGAUCGGCAGUGUUUCUACGCGUGACACAAAUCCUUCCGGGCGUCCAAGUGGAUCUUGUCUUCGUCUUGGAUGGUACGGGUAGCGUGGGAGCCACGAACUUUGAGAAAAUGAAGACCUUCGUGCAGAAGAUGAUCAGCGACUUUGAUCUUGGACCCGAGGCAACUCGCAUCGGUGUGGUGGUCUAUUCCAACCGGGCAUCACUGGAAAUCAGCUUGGAUGCCUAUGACGAUCAAGAAGCGCUGCAAGAUGCGGUCGCCGACAUCGCAUAUCCGGGCGGUUACACUCUGACAGGGGCAGCCAUCGACUACACCACCACCUUUGCCUUCUCUACUAGAAACGGUGCUCGGGACGGAGUGAGGAAAGUAGCCGUCAUCUUGACCGAUGGAGUAUCAUAUGAUGACCCUGCGGAGCCGGCCCAGAGUAUGCGCAAGGCGGCCAUCAUCACCUAUGCCGUGGGGAUCGGUAGCAACCUUGACCGUGACCAGUUGGACGUGAUUGCCGGAGUGCCAGACAACCUAUUUGUACUGGAUGACUUCAGCAUGCUGGACAACCUACGAACCACCCUGCCCACUCAAGUCUGUGACGCCUCUACUAGUGAACAGAUUCUCAUCAGAAUCGUCAUCACAUCAGUGCGGUUUGACGUGUCUCUGUUGAACGGCAACUCUACAGAAUUCCAGACACUGUUUGCCCAAAUCAACCGUGCCUUCAUCGGCUUCUUCCCAGGAGUCCCUGGAUUCACCGCACCUCUGGUGUCUCUCGCACCUGGUCCUGAUGAUAAUUCCGUGGUGGCCAUGUGUUUGGGAUCGGUACCAGCAUUUGCUACCAACACUGUGAGAACUGGUCUACUGAACGCAUCAGAAGAGCUCAACAACCUGACUCUCAACACGGCCCUCACAAGCGUUGUCGCUGCACGUACCUCGGUGAUUUUCGUCCGGCUGGCUGUGAAUGCGACCUACACAGUCGACUAUCAAGUCCGUGGGUCUGCCGCAUACAACGCCUUGUUUGCUCAGCUCCAAUACCAGGUGCUGAGUCAGUUUUCCCCAAGUAUCGGAUCCGUAGAUAUCGUGUCUCUACGAGUGACCCAGAUCCUCCCAGGGUAAGUUAGCGUGGCUA